ACGAACAACCUUAACCCCGCCAGGCGCCACAACAAUAUUCUGAAAGGAGGCCUCUUCGACCGCGGCGACCUGCGCCAGGAGGUGGCGUUCCAGUACGCCGUGGACCGCGUCAACAGCGUCAAGUCCUCCUUCAGGAGGUCACGGUCACGUCUGCAGCCUGUCAUAGAGCACAUACCUCCGUACGACAGCUUCCAUGCCUCCAAGCGAGUUUGCCACUUGCUGCGGUCUGGCGUGGCCGCAAUCUUCGGUCCCCAGUCGGGCCAGACGUCGGCCCACGUGCAGAGCAUCUGCGACGCCUUCGCGGUCCCGCACAUUGAGACCCGCUGGGACUACCGCAUGCGCCGGGACGAUUACUCCGUCAACCUCUACCCUCAUCCGUCGUCACUCAGUAAAGCGUACCUGGACCUGGUGCGGCUGUUCGGGUGGACGUCCUUCUGUAUCCUGUACGAGGACAACGAAGGACUCAUACGCCUGCAGGAGCUGCUCAAGACUCCACCGCAGGAGUUCGAGAUCUCCAUACGCCAGCUGGACAGGGGCAGUGACUUCAGGCCUACCCUGCGCGAGAUCAAGCGGCUGGGCGACACCAACAUUCUGCUCGACUGCCAGACCGACAAGAUCGUCGAGGUGCUCAAGCAGGCGCAGCAGAUCGGCAUGAUGACCCCAUACAAUAACUUCAUCAUCACCUCUCUGGUGAGUCAUCAUCACUUCCCUGGUGAGUCAUCACCUCCCUGGAUGGGGGUGAGUGAUGGGGACACUGAGUACCAGCUCAGGAUGGGGGUGAGUGAUGGGGACACUGAGUACCAGCUCAGGAUGGGGGUGAGUGAUGGGGACACUGAGUACCAGCUCAGGAUGGGGGUGAGUGAUGGGGACACUGAGUACCAGCUCAGGAUGGGGGUGAGUGAUGGGGACACUGAGUACCAGCUCAGGAUGGGGGUGAACAUGACUGGACUCACCGGCCACAUCGAGUUCGACUCGCUGGGCUUCCGCACGAACUUCGACCUGGACAUCGUGGAGCUGGACCUGCAGGGCUUCGUGAAGGCCGGGUCCUGGAACCUGGUGCUGGGCGCCAACUACACCAGGACGUACCAGGAGGUCCAUGACCAGGCCAUCAGGGGGCUCAAGAACAAGACACUCAUCGUCACUUUUGCGUUCACCGACCCUUACAUCAUGCGCAAGAAGAGUGCGCACAGCCUCACCGGCAACGACAGGUUCGAAGGUUUCUGCGUGUCUCUGCUCGACGAGAUCUCUGCCCUUCUCGGCUUCAAUUACACGCUCGUGCCAAUCAAAGAUAACGUCUACGGCACCAAGAACGUCGAGACCGGCGAGUGGAACGGCAUGAUUGCAGAGCUGCUGUCUCAGAGAGCUGACAUGGCCAUAACAGACCUGACCAUAAACUACGAGCGCGAGGAGGCCGUAGACUUUACUAUGCCAUUCAUGAACCUCGGCAUCUCAAUUAUAUACAAGAAGCCCCAGAAAAUGGCCCCGUCUUUGUUCUCGUUUCUGUCGCCGCUGUCGGUGGAGGUUUGGAUUUAUAUGAUCACGGCCUACGUCGGCGUAUCCAUGAUACUCUACAUCUUGGCCAGGUUCACGCCGUAUGAGUGGCAGAACCCCCAUCCUUGUGACCCGGAACCUGAGAGCCUCGAGAACCAGUUUACGAUGGUUAACUGCAUGUGGUUCGCUAUUGGUUCACUUAUGCAGCAAGGCUGUGACAUCCUACCGCAUGCGGUGUCCACCAGAAUGGUGGCGGGGAUGUGGUGGUUCUUCACCCUUAUUAUGAUCUCAUCAUACACGGCUAACUUGGCCGCGUUUCUCACGGUCGAGCGGAUGGACAGUCCCAUAGAGUCUGCUGAAGACCUCUCCAAGCAAACCAAGAUCAAAUAUGGCGCUUAUAGAUCAGGGUCUACAGCGGCUUUCUUCAGAGACUCGACCUUACCGACCUACCAGCGCAUGUGGCAAUACAUGAACUCAACUCCCGGCGUUUUUGUUGACUCCAACGCUGAUGGCUACCAGCGCGUGCAGGACGACAACGGCCUGUACGCGUUCCUGAGCGAGUCGACGAGCAUCGAGUACGUGACGGAGCGGAAGUGCGACCUGGUGCAGGUGGGGGGCCUGCUCGACUCCAAGAGCUACGGCAUCGCCCUGCCUCCUGGGUCCCCCUACACCAGCGUCAUCAGUGACGCCGUACUGUCUCUCCACGAGAGCUCGACCAUCCAGGUCCUCAAGAGGAAGUGGUGGAAGAAAGGGCAAGGGAAGUGCUCUAAGGUGCGUCACUGUACUAGCAACUAGUGAUGGCAUGCAUG